AUGGAUACUACUCCAGACAUUAGCCACUGUGAACAGCUUUCUAUUAUAAUAAGAAUUGUACACAUAGAUUUAGAAAACGAAUCUAGCUGUUCUGAAAUAAAAGAAUAUUUCAUGGACUUUGUACAUAUAAACUCAACUACUGGAAUGGAUUUAUCAAACAUUUUGAUUGAAAAACUGAAAGAGUAUGGUCUCGACAUAAAUAACUGUCGAGGACAGGCUUAUGAUAAUGGUGCUAAUAUGGCGGGUCUCUAUAAAGGUGUACGGGCUCAUAUUUUAAACCAAAAUCCUCGCGCAUUUUUUGUUCCAUGUGCCGCACAUAGCCUUAACCUUUGUCUCAAGGAUGCUGGAGGAAGUUCUUCUCAGGCUCAAUUAUUUUUUGGAAUGAUUGAAAGGAUUUAUGUUUUAUUUUCAGCAUCAAUAAAUAGAUGGGAAAUUUUAAAAAAUCGUUGUAAUAAACUUUCUAUUAAAAAAUGGGCAGAAACCCGAUGGGACAGUCGUGUGAACGCUGUGAAAGCCAUCCGAUUUCAAUUAAACGAAGUUGUAGAAGCUUUAGAGGAGAUUUCGGAUACAACAAAAGAUUUAAAAAUAAAAAGUGAAACACAUUCUUUAGCCAAAGAAAUAUGUAGCUAUGAAUUUAUUUUAAGCUUGAUAAUAUGGUAUGAUAUUUUAUGUGAAAUAAAUAUUGUAAGUAAGAGUCUACAGUUAGUAACAAUUGAUUUAGAUGUUUCAGCAAGUCUGCUAAAUAGCUUAAUUAUUUUUUUGGGAAACUAUAGAGAAAAUGGAUAUACAUUAGCUAAGGUUAAAGCAGAGAAAUAA